AUGGAUUUUGUUGUGGAAAGUAUACUAGGAGACAAAACAAUUAAUGGUGUGAAAUUUUAUUAUAUUAAAUGGCUCAACUACUCUAAAAAACACAAUAUCUGGCUGCCUGUUUCGGAUAUGGACUCUCCCGAUUUAAUUGCUGAAUAUGAAAACAACAAAAACAAUAAUUUUUUGGAUGACUUUUUGGACGAGGAAAAACAACUUGAGAAAAAAAUUGAAAAAGAAUUAAUUAAAAAUUUAAAAGAUAUUUCAAAACAAGGCAAAGAUUUUGAGAAGGUUUUUUUUUUAAAUUUAUUUUUAGAAUACUUGUUUUAA